AUGUCUGACACAUCAGCCCUAAGCGUGGCUGCCCAAGGGCCUAACAUCGACAGCAGUUUGGAACAUUAUACUACACUGUUGGACUGGAUGGUCAACAAUGGUGGUCAGCUUCACGAAAGCGUUGAAAUAGCCAAGGAUGAACGGCGCGGCGUGCAUCUCCAGGUCAAGAAAGACUGGAAAAAUGGUGUUCCCAGUAAUACUCAUAUCAUCAAAACGCCUUUGACUUCCACAAUGUCGUAUUUCAAUGCUAUCGGCUACAGUUUCACCACAGAUGAUGGAAGCUCCGUUUCUUUCCCUGAGAACGGAGUCCAUUUCCCUCGCGGCUUUCUGGAAGCGGUGGGACAGGAAGAAGCAUCAAUCUUCUUUUUGAUUGGGCAGUACCUCCAGGGAAAAGACGGUUUCUGGUAUCCGUAUAUCAGGACGCUUCCUCAGCCUGGUGCUUUGACCACCCCUCUCUACUAUGAUGGAGAUGACCUGGCAUGGCUGGAGGGCACAAGUCUAUCCACAGCGAGAGCACAGAAAACCAGUUUAUUGAAGGAGAAUUACGAAACUGUAUACACUGAGCUCUGUAAGGCUGGGUUUGAUGGCGCUGAGAAGUACACUUGGGAUCUUUAUCUCUGGGCAUCGACCAUCUUUAUUUCGCGUGCGUUCUCAGCCAAAGUGCUCUCUGGUGUAAUCCCCGAUACGCAGCUUCCUGAGGAGAACGUUUCUGUGCUCCUACCCUUCAUUGACAUUCUAAAUCAUCGUCCACUUGCAAAAGUAGAGUGGCGCGCUGGCAAAGAGAAUGUGGUAUUCUUAGUCCUGGAAGACGUCGCUGCUGAGAGUCUUGAGAUCUCAGAGCAAGGCAUUCGAAUCCCAGACGCUUAUGGGAGCUCACGAACCACUCUUGCCGCCCUCAGCCAGAUCAUCAUCGAGUUAAUCACACAUAUUGUAAAGCUGAGGUCUUCAGCGGCCGACCUACAGAACCCUGGUAAUCUCAAGCAGACCCAUGCAAAAAUUUAUCGCGACACUCAAAUCAUGCUGUCCGAAACGGCCUUGGUUAUUGCAGCAUGGACCCUAAACCGGGCACGACAGCAUAACUUCGGAGGAACUUGGGAGGAGACAAAACAGCUUCUCGGUUCGCAUAUGGUCCGUGUGCCUCCAGGAAAGUUCCCAGAAGAAAUACGGUCUCGGAUACAGGUGCGAAUUCUCGAGCGCCAAUCAGUUCUUGCAAACAAUGGAGAGCUGUUCGUUCUGGAUGACUUGCUCGAGAUACUGCCCGUUGAGAUGCAACAGCCCUGCAAAGCGUGCUUACAGGGCGUCACUCAGAACGCUGGAAGGGCUAUCCCGAUGCUGAAGGGGAGCCUUGAGACAUCCCCCUUUGCCUUCCCGAUGUUCCUCUGCUUUAUCAGAGCGGCUUACACUGCUGGGGAAUCUCACCCGGGGGCGGUUGCACUUCCGUCUCGACUCAGUAAAUGGGCCAGAUGCCUUCUCGAGAACUACGCAGCUCCUCCUGAAGAUGUACUAUGGGCACUGGAGGACGAGGAUGACGAGCAGCUGUUAGACAUGUUUGAUAACGUGCUUGAGGGAAUGCAAACACGGGACAGUGCUAGCUUCUCUGACUUGGAGAGAUUCACAGGAGCAUGGCAGGGAGAUAACUGGUGGCUUUCUCCCAACUGGCUCCGGUGGGCAUGGAUGAUUACGGAGCAAGAAACCAUUGGGCCAGCUAUCACAAUGAUAUCUCGAGCGGCGGCUCCCUCGUCUUCCUCCCUCGCCAACCUCUCCUCCCGCUCCCUCCGAGCCCAGGGCCAGGCUGCCCGCACCUUCGCGACCGUCCAGGACAACGCUCCCCCAGUACGGCAUUAUGGCGGUCUGCAGGACCAGGACCGGAUUUUCACAAACCUUUACGGGCACCAUGGAGCCGAUCUGAAGUCAGCAAUGAAGUACGGUGAUUGGCAUAGGACCAAGGAUAUUGUUCUCAAGGGCCAUGACUGGCUUAUCUCGGAACUCAAAGCUUCUGGUCUCCGUGGUCGUGGUGGUGCCGGUUUCCCCUCGGGAUUGAAAUAUUCUUUCAUGAACUUCAAGGACUGGGAUAAGGACCCCAGACCCCGUUAUCUGGUCAUCAACGCCGAUGAGGGUGAGCCCGGAACCUGCAAGGACCGUGAGAUCAUGCGCAAGGACCCCCAGAAGCUCAUUGAGGGCUGUCUCGUCGUCGGUCGUGCGAUGAACGCCAACGCUGCCUACAUCUAUAUCCGUGGCGAGUUCUACUACGAAGCUACCGUCCUCCAGCGGGCCAUCAACGAGGCCUAUGAGGCUGGUCUGAUCGGCAAGAACGCCUGCGGAACCGGCUACGACUUCGAUGUCUACAUCCACCGUGGUAUGGGUGCUUAUGUCUGUGGCGAGGAAACCUCCCUGAUCGAGUCCAUCGAGGGUAAGGCCGGCAAGCCUCGUCUUAAGCCCCCAUUCCCGGCUGCUGUGGGUCUGUUCGGCUGCCCCAGUACCGUCACCAACGUUGAGACUGUCGCUGUGACCCCCACUAUCAUGCGUCGUGGUGCCAACUGGUUCUCCUCAUUCGGUCGUGAGCGCAACGCCGGUACCAAGCUGUUUUGUAUUUCCGGCCACGUCAACAACCCCGUCACCGUCGAGGAGGAGAUGUCCAUCCCUCUUCGUGAGCUGAUCGACCGUCACUGUGGUGGCGUCCGCGGUGGCUGGGACAACCUCCUCGCUGUCAUUCCCGGUGGAUCCUCGACCCCCGUCAUCCCCAAGUCUGUCUGCGAUGAUCAGCUCAUGGACUUCGAUGCUCUCAAGGACAACCAAACCGGUCUCGGCACCGCCGCUGUGAUCGUCAUGGACAAGUCCACCGACAUUGUCCGCGCUAUCUCGCGUCUGUCUAGCUUCUACAGGCACGAGAGUUGCGGUCAGUGCACUCCUUGCCGUGAGGGAAGCAAGUGGACUCAGCAGAUGAUGCAGCGUAUGGAGACCGGCCAGGCCCGUGAGCGUGAAAUCGACAUGCUCCAGGAGCUGACCAAGCAGGUCGAGGGCCACACCAUUUGCGCUCUGGGUGAAGCCUUUGCCUGGCCCAUCCAGGGUCUUAUUCGUCAUUUCCGCCCCGAACUUGAGGCUAGAAUCAAGGAGCAUGCUCAGGAGCUCGGACAGGCCCCUUACGCCGGUGGCUGGCACCCUAACAGCAGGGCCGAGGGCAAGCUGAUUUCCCCGGGCAUGUAA